UUUAGAAGGUUUGAGGAUCAUGAUGGCCCUGGCCCUUAGAUUUCUAGAAUUAUCACUGAAGUUCUUUUCCUUCACAAUGGGCCGAUAUAUGGUUUUGCUCUUGACAUCCCUAUCCCUAUGUUCUCCAAUUUCUUGAUCACAAAUGAAUACCUCAAUAAGUGGAUUCUGUUUUUGUCAAGGAGGGGCAUUAAAAAUAUUGUGCUUCUCAAUUGCGGAACAUUUAACAGAUUGCCUCAUAUGAAAAUGCCAUUUUUUGUCUUCUCUUGUCAAGAAUUGACUCACUUUCGGCUUUCUGGAUUUAACUUAUCAGUUCCGCCCAACUUCGAUGGCUUAAAAAGUUUGCGGGUGCUUCACUUAGGAUGUAAUAGAUAUGAGCUCGGUUCACUUGAGAGUCUUAUUGCUGGCUGCCCAUUACUUGAAGAGCUCAACAUAAUAUUUCCUCCAGAUGCGAAAUCAAUUUGUCUCAAGAAUGCAAAGAAUCUGAUUGAUCUUAGUCUCACGGUUAAUCAAGAUAGAGUAUCUGGUUUGAUCAAAAGUUUGCCGAAAAUUCAGAGGCUAGAUAUAGAAUCAUAUGGCAACAAGCUCUAUGCAGAUAUCAUUCAUCCAUCACAGUUGAUAAGCUUAAAGUAUCUGGAAUUAUUUACCUUGAAUAUGAAUGACAGAGGAGAAGUUUUGUAUAUUGUUAGUGUACUCAAAAGUGCUUCUAACCUGGUGGAACUUACUAUACAGAGUAAUAACUAUGAUGGUGUUGAAGAGCCGAACCAAUCGGAGGAGUUAGAAUGCAAUAGUUGUUGUCUUAGUCAACUUCAGACGGUGCGUAUCAGAGUUGGAGGCAGGUUUAAAAAUGCAAUGAGUUUGAUACGGUUCAUACUUGCAAAUUCCUCGUCAUUAAAGACUCUUACUUUUAAAGUUGGUUUUGGCAUAAGAAUUUUGAUGCAGCAAUUCUGUUAAACAUUUCACAAGACUUGUUAAGGAUGGAAAGAGCAUCACAAAGAGCACAAGUUGAAUUCCUUCACCCGAAGAUAGACGUUCAAUUGUAAAAUGUAUUUGAUUUUAGCUUUCAAUAUGACAAUUUUCAACCAUUAUAAAUACAUGUUCUAACUUCUAAG